GUAAAGAAGGUGGAGGCGAACGAGGGAGAUAGAUAAGUCCAGACAACACCCUAAACCGGUUUAAAGUAUAUUCCGGUUACUGUAUGUAUGUGAGAGAAUGUCACGGGCUGUGGAGAAUUUCCUAGGCCCCAAAGUGCGGAGCAGCGCAGAGCCAUUAGUGCGUCUUUGUUUGUUUUGCACGUUUCCAAGCGAUGAUAACGCGAAUUCGGGUAGCGUUUGAGGAAGCGGCCCCUAUAGUUUGCUCGCUCAGGUCUGGAUGUAGCUGAUUGGAGUAGCACCAGUCAGAGUGGGUGAUCACAGGGAGGAGGGGAGAGACUGAAGUGGCUUUUCUGUGUGUGUGUGAUUCUCCAGCGGCCAUGUUAACCAAGAAACCCUGCGCUGCUGCUGCUGUCUACCCGACUGGCAAAGGGGGUGAGAUUUGCCAGCUACAGUCUUCCCCAGGACUGGGCAUCGGGGGUCCCCUGGCUGGAGCAGGGACUGAAGCCACAUCACCCGUCACAUUACCACCACUCAGGAACAGCAACUCUCUCACGGCUGGAGGCAAUAAACACACAAUGAAUGACCAUCUGCACGUUGGGAAUCACCAGCAGAUCCAUGUUCAACAGCUGUUUGAGGAAAACAGCAACAAACGGACAGUUUUGACUGCACAACCCAAUGGGUUGACACCCGUAGGUAGAACAGGUCUAGCCAUGCCAGAGAAGCAGCAAGAAAGCAGCCAGUGUCGACAAGGCAGCUCAAGUUCCAUCAAGUCAACUGAAAGCAAACCCAAGCCAGCACCUUUGACUCCUGAGCAGGCCAUGAAACAGUACUUGUCUAAGCUUUCAGUGUUUGAACAUCAAGAGAUCUUCAGCAACCCUGAGAUCUAUUUUAUAGGUCCAAAUGCAAAGAAAAGACAAGGAGUAGUUGGGGGGUCAAACAAUGGAGGUUAUGAUGAUGAUCAGGGUUCCUACAUUCAAGUGCCCCAUGACCAUAUAGCAUAUCGGUAUGAGGUACUAAAGGUUAUUGGUAAAGGCAGUUUUGGCCAGGUGGUGAAGGCCUACGACCACAAGAACCACCAGCAAGUGGCUCUGAAAAUGGUGCGUAAUGAAAAGCGAUUCCAUCGCCAAGCAGCUGAGGAAAUUCGCAUUCUGGAACACUUGCGCAAACAGGAUAAGGACUCCACCAUGAAUGUCAUCCACAUGCUGGAGAACUUUACAUUCCGCAACCAUAUCUGCAUGACGUUUGAGUUGCUCAGCAUGAACCUUUAUGAGCUUAUCAAGAAAAACAAGUUUCAGGGCUUUAGUUUGCCAUUAGUGCGCAAGUUUGCACACUCCAUCUUGCAGUGUCUUGACUCCCUGCACAAGAACAGAAUCAUUCACUGCGACCUCAAGCCUGAGAAUAUCCUUUUGAAGCAGCAGGGGCGCAGUGGGAUAAAAGUGAUCGACUUUGGCUCCAGCUGCUACGAGCAUCAACGGGUCUACACUUACAUCCAGUCACGCUUCUACAGGGCCCCAGAGGUCAUUCUGGGUGCUCGAUACGGGAUGCCAAUUGAUAUGUGGAGCUUAGGUUGUAUCUUAGCGGAAUUACUUACAGGGUACCCUCUCUUGCCUGGAGAAGAUGAAGGGGACCAACUAGCAUGUGUCAUAGAGCUGCUGGGUAUGCCCUCCCAGAAGCUACUGGAUUCAUCUAAGAGAGCCAAAAAUUUUAUCAGUUCAAAGGGAUACCCCCGUUACUGCACAGUCACAACCUUGCCUGAUGGCUCGGUGGUGUUGAAUGGGGGAAGGUCACGUAGGGGAAAACUCAGAGGUCCACCUGGUAGCAGGGACUGGAUGACAGCACUUAAGGGCUGUGAUGACCCCCUCUUCUUGGACUUUCUGAAACAGUGUCUAGAGUGGGACCCGUCCCUGCGUAUGACCCCCAGUCAGGCCCUCCGCCACCCAUGGCUCAGAAGACGCUUGCCAAAACCUCCCACUGGGGAGAAAACCACCGUAAAGCGGAUCACUGAGGGUACUGGUGCUAUAACUUCAAUCUCCAAAAUACCUCCCCCUUCUGGCUCAGCCACAAAGUUAAGGACUAACCUGGCACAAAUGACUGAUGCCAAUGGGAAUAUACAACAAAGGACAGUGUUGCCAAAAUUAGUCAGUUGAACACUCGUUUCUUUUUUUUCUUUGAAAUUAUAAUAUUGGAAAUUGUGCAAAAGAGUCGUUAAUGCAUAUCCACCAUUUAUGUACUGCUUUGUAGCACCUUUAGUUGGAUUUUUUUUUCUAGGAAAGCUCAAAUGGCCAGGAAAGGGGGAACAACACUUUUAAGUUUUUAUCUCAGGGCUGUGUUGAAUGCUGCUUUGGAGCAUUCAUGCAAUCUGGUCUGUAAUAACAAAAAGUCGCACUUGGUUUAAUACCUAAAUCUUGUAAAUGCCCUUGCCACAAUGAAGUAAUGGUAGGAUACAUUGAUUUGUGUGCUUCUGAAAUUUUAAUCCCCACCCUCAGAUCCUGUCAGAUAAAUAGUGUGUUAAUAGAUGAGGAUUAAAAAUGCAUUUUGCUAAAAACUAUGCGAUCUGAGGCUUGUUGCAUUUCCCAGCAUCAUUGUUGUCAAUAUCAAGAAUAGAAAAGAUACUCUUAAGAGACAAUGGUAAGGAUCAUAAUGGAGAGUGGAUGUUGCAGACUGUUAUGAGGUAGCAGAGAGAAUUUUUAUAUGUUUACAUGAUAGAUUUGGUUUGUGCCUAUUAAUCUCUUGACAUUCCUUAAAGAAACUAAAUGAGGAAAAGAGAGAGUGUCCAGAGUGGUCUACACUACAGCAGAUUGAUGGCAAAUUUAAAGGAAUUUAUGUGGUUUGAUAGAAACUAGUCUAUACUGUUCUCAGUAGUACUUGACAGGUGUACAUUCAUGUAAUUAUAAGCUAUUCGCUGGAAGAGUUGCUUUUGAACAUGUACUGUCCUGGAAGGAAAAAAACUGGUGCUUUACCUUUUUAUUUAUGAAUGUUUUAUAGCUUGAAACUUAAUACUCAUGGAACAAAACAGUGUUGUGUAAUCUCAAUGAGUGAAGACUGGUUAGUUUGCAAGGUAGGGUCUAGAUUCUAUUUGUCUUGUCUCUAAGGUGAAUGCCCUUUUUAUUUUAUUUUUUUGGCAUUACUAGGAUUAAGAAUUGAAGAAUAGGAAGGCAGGACCUUGCAUUUAACCUGAAUGCAAGCAAGUAAGGAUGCUAAUGAAAAUAAAUAUUUUAAGUGGACAACGUUAUGAUUCAAGACAAUACAGAUGGCUACAUUGCUUAUCCUCAUAUUAUUACAUAAUCAUUGUGUGGACUUGCUAAUAUCAGGCCAGAGUUAAAAUUCUUAAAGGUUGUUCCCUUUUUUAAAUAGUAAAUAAUGCUACAAAUAAGUUAUUAAUAACACUUUUUUCCCCCAAAUCCAGAACCGUUGGGUUUGAAAAAAAAUAUUUCACUAGAACACAAACACUGGCCAUUUUUAUAGCAUUUGUGACAUGGAAAGAGUAACUUGACUGACAUGGGUGUAAAAUCUUAAUAAGUUUAACUUAUUUAUCUUGUUUUGUUGUGUCAAUGAAGGCCUGAAUGUGGCUUGUAUAUCAGUUGAGUUAUUUAUGGUGUAAUGCACAAGAAAUAUAUCUGCCACUAUGUUGAGAUCUUACUAUAGCAGGAGGUAGAGUCCUGCUUUCUUUCAACCAGUCAUGGAUUGUGGGGGUGUGGAUGGAGGUCAAACUAUGGGCUGUCAGGGAGUCCAGCAAAGCUGUAAUGCUCAUGUUGAUCCCUCAACCCCCGCCCCCCCCACGGAGACUGGCACAGUGCCCUCCAGGCCUACUGCACACUGCACAGGGGCUCAGGGUCCUUUGGACACCCAUAGUGCUUUAUAAAUGCAGAAGUUACCUGCUAACAUCAGCAGGCAUUUCACAAUGUUCACUUUUUUAUUGUUCUGUGAAUUGACAGCAGUGUGGAAUAAUUGUGCCCUUAGGUUUAAUACAAUGUGCCUUUGGUUAUCAAUGCCAUUCAUUUUAUUUCAAACAAUGAUUUUCCCUUCCAUUUACUUUGAAAGACUCAUGGUGGUUCUCUUGCACAUGUUUGAGCAUCGCCCAAAGAUACUUCCCAAACCUCAUUAAAUGGGACUUGGGAACAAGUGGCCGCACAGUAGAGGUUGUACAUGCAGUUUGGACACUCAAUGUUUUUUAUACUAUGAUUCGACCCUUUUCCAACAGGGAUGUCUUAGUAAGAGACAACAAUUACUACAUUGACAGAACAAGUGUCUUCACCACUGCAUUCAUGUUGUCUUAACAUCAGAGAAUUCAAGGCGAUAUAUUUGGUUAAUUUUAUUACAAUAGAAAUAAGAACACAUUUUAAUAUUUUACCUCAGACUGUUGUAAUAUUCUUGUACUUUAUGAAUCCAGGGCAUUUGGUAUAUACCAAAGUGCAUUCCUUUCUGUGUUAGUGGCUAUGAGGAAAAAGAAGCCAGAAUUUUUUUAUUUUUACCUGAUCAAGAGGCCAUCAAGCCACUCAAGGGCAUGUCUUGAGAUUGAUAAUCCUCUGUGGAGAGGGAAUGAUAGGGGAAGGAUGCUUGAGCUCUAUUAGACAGUUGCAUCUCCUGUUAAAAUGUCUGACAGAUGUAGCAUACCUCCAAACCUCUGUUACUUGACAUGGUUGGAUGUAUCUUCAGAGCAGUGAAAACUGCAACCCCAAGAAAUCCACAGUGAGUCAAGUUGUCAUCCCAGUGUGCAAUACAGUGGUAGCAUUGUUGAGGAAAAUCAAACUACAUGGCUGAAAGGUACAUUUUAAAACAACAUGCUUUUUACAAUUUUUAAAUGUAUGCCCUAAAUCUUGAAUCUAGCUACCCACUGUCAACUUAGGUCAGUUCUUUUUUUAAAACGAAUCUUUAAAUGGAGGAACAAAGUUGACAUUGUUUAUAUUCAGCCACAGAUACGUACUGUACAUAUGUGAAUUGUUGAGGAUUUGAUGUGUAUGUGUACAUAUGUAUAAUGUUUUAAUUUUGUGAAAAGCUGCUGAAAACACUACAUAUAUUUCUGUAGUGGGGUUUUAUUGUUGGCGGCCAGUUUAAUGAUACUGUAUGUAUUGUACAGCUGAAAAAAUAAGAGUUUUUUUCUAGUGAUCAUUUGUUAAAUUUUAUUGUUGUGGCUGGAAUACAUUAAUAAUAAAAGUUUUAAUGUCCAUCUUUA